UUCUGUGCCCACCGCGGGCGCACGUCCCCGUCAGCGCUGGCAACCUGUCACCGGCGAGGACGUGACUCCGAGCUGCCUCCGCUCUUUCCCAGCCCUAUUCCUUUAAGAUGAUGUAAUAGUCAUUUCCCUGGAUGGUUUCUUGCCUGCGCUGCUCACACAACAGCAUCCGAACUGCUCCUGGCACCGUGGGACCUCCCAGCGGCGAAGCCUGAGCCCCACAGGCAUCUCCCAACCGCCCGGGCUUUUUCUCUUUCCCACCUGGCGGGGACAUGGGCGUCCCUUUGCCCUUGCCGGCAGGUGGGGUGGCUACUGAAACCCUAGCGGGGCGCAUCUGUCUGACUCUCUGCCUCUGGGCUCUCUGAACGCCUCUGAGUCGAGGAACCUCUUGCAACUCCCCCAGGUGUAAAGGAUCUGUUGGAAAGGUUUGAAUUUCGGGUUUUCUCUUUUUGCUGCUGAAGCUUUGGUUGAUUUUUCCUCCUCUGCUUCACUUCUUCGACUCAGCCUCCUUCUCUUGGUUCAACUUUUUUUUUCUCGAUCAGUCUGUUUUAACUAGAGAUUGGAAGUGAAUCCAUACACACACGCAUACACACAUAGAAACGUACAUCUACGAGUGAAGUGCGGGACUCAUUAUUUUCCGAGAGCACAUCUCCGCGGUACUUUUCAUUGAUGCCUCUGUCCUUUACCUGUGUGGGAUUUGACAAGACGUCCAGACUCAGUGUGGCGGGUGGUUUCUGAUUGCUCUGGAAAACGUUAUUUCUUCGCAAAAACUGAGUCUCCAGCACUCUCUCCAAGACUGAGUAACUGGGCACUUGGCCUUCUUGCCUACUGGGCCUAAUGGAAGAUCGAAGGCAGACAAUCUGACUGUUACAGUCUGUGAAGUAAGAGCUCCCUAGCAGCCAGCUUUAAACUUCCUGUCCAGCAUUACUUCACCUGUGGACUCUCUUAAAAUUGGCUUUGUUGGGGGAAUAAAAAGGAAACCAGUGGAAGUAUUUUUUUUUUCCUUAAAAACAAGGUAGGACCUCCCCCACCCCUCACAAGUGGAUGCAAAGUCUAAACUGUAAGUCUGUUGGAUUGCGCCUUUAAUUCCAGGAAGCUGCAGAAGAAAGGGACAAUGGCUCUGAGUGGGAACUGUAGUCGUUAUUAUCCUCGGGACCAAGGGGCUGCGAUUCCCAACUCUUUCCCCGAAGUCAUAGAGCUGAAUGUCGGGGGCCAGGUUUACUUCACUCGCCAUUCCACUUUAAUAAGCAUACCCCAUUCUCUCUUGUGGAAAAUGUUUUCCCCAAAGAGAGACACGGCUAACGAUCUAGCCAAGGACUCCAAGGGAAGGUUUUUCAUCGACAGAGAUGGCUUCCUGUUCCGUUAUAUUCUGGACUAUCUCAGGGACAGGCAGGUGGUCCUGCCAGAUCACUUUCCGGAAAGGGGAAGGCUGAAAAGAGAAGCUGAGUAUUUCCAGCUCCCCGACCUCGUCAAACUCCUGGCUCCCGAGGAAGUCAAGCAGAGCCCUGAUGAGUUCUGCCACAGCGACUUUGAGGAUGCCUCCCAAGGAAGCGACACAAGAAUCUGUCCCCCUUCUUCCCUGCUCCCACAUGACCGCAAGUGGGGUUUUAUUACUGUGGGUUACAGAGGAUCCUGUACCUUGGGCAGAGAGGGGCAAGCAGAUGCCAAGUUUCGGAGAGUUCCCCGGAUUUUGGUUUGUGGAAGGAUUUCCUUGGCAAAAGAAGUCUUUGGAGAAACUUUGAAUGAAAGUAGAGACCCUGACCGAGCCCCAGAAAGAUACACCUCCAGAUUUUAUCUCAAGUUCAAACACCUGGAAAGAGCUUUUGAUAUGUUGUCAGAGUGUGGAUUCCACAUGGUGGCCUGUAACUCCUCCGUGACAGCAUCUUUUGUCAACCAGUACACAGAAGACAAGAUCUGGUCGAGCUACACCGAAUACGUCUUCUAUCGGGAGCCUUCCCGGUGGUCCUCCUCUCAUUGCGAUUGCUGCUGCAAGAACGGCAAAGGAGACAAAGGGGAGAGUGGCACCUCCUGCAAUGACCUCUCCACCUCCAGCUGCGACAGCCAGUCCGAGGCCAGCUCUCCCCAGGAGACAGUGAUCUGUGGGCCUGUAACACGCCAGAGCAACAUCCAGACUCUGGACCGGCCCGUUAAGAAAGGCCCUGUGCAGCUGAUCCAACAGUCAGAGAUGAGGCGGAAAAGUGACCUGCUCCGGACUCUGACGUCGGGCUCCAGGGAGUCGAACAUAAGCAGCAAAAAGAAAGCUGCAAAGGAAAAGCUCUCCAUCGAGGAAGAGCUGGAGAAAUGCAUCCAGGAUUUCCUGAAGAUCAAAAUUCCAGAUCGCUUCCCUGAGAGAAAGCACCCUUGGCAGUCUGAACUUUUACGGAAGUACCAUCUAUAGGGGAGGGCUGGAGGUAGUCACCACUCUGAAAUGAACCUCCCCAAAGGAAGACAUAUGCUAAAGGAAAAGUGACAGCAAGAGAUCCACGUUUCUUAGAACACAGUAAUAGUCCAUUGGUGUACUACUGCCUACUUUGCCUAGCUCACCUUAAUGUGUAAAUCCACAGGGUAGAUUUUUUUUUCAGAUGUAAAACCAGAAGCAAGCUCUUGUGUUGUCCUUUAUCUUUUAUUAAAUUGGUCCCAUGUGUUGAGAAUUUUUGAUACAAUGAGAACCAGCUACCUGUGAGUAGCUCACAGGCUUUGGGAGUCAUCUGUCCCAAA